UCUAUUUUAAUUUUUAAUAAUGAAAUCUUUAGGUCAACGAAAUUUUAGACGGCUUCUGUGUCUAUUAGUGCGAGAAAAUUUUUCAAAGGAAUGUGAAAAAGCAAUUAAUAAACAAAUUAAUAUGGAACUGAAAGCUUGUCAUAAUUAUUUGGCCAUGGCCUUUCACUUUGAUCGUAGCGAUGUAGCUGCUCCAGGCGUUUUUAAAUUUUUGAAUGAUGCCAGCCUUGAAGAGCGUAAACAUGCUGAAAUGUUUAUGGAAUAUAUGAAUAAAAGAGGUGGCAAUAUACAAGUUGAAGCAUUGGAAGCUCCAAAAGCCAAAAUUGAAACAGCCAAAGACGCCAUGAUAGAAGCAUUAAAUAUGGAAAAGGAAGUUAAUCAGACCCUUUUGGAAGCCCAUGCUAUUGCCUCUAAAAAUAAUGAUCCAAAUAUGUGCGAUUUUAUUGAAGCAAAUUUCCUUCAAGAACAAGUUGAUGCCAUCAAACAGUUGGCUGACUUUAUAAGACAAAUUGAACGUUCUGAAUGUGAUUUGGGCAAUUAUCUUUUUGAUAAAUAUUUGGCGGCAAAUAAUGGCAAUAUGCAUAAAAAAUAAGUCUUAAAAUUAUGUUAUUUGGUUAAAAAAAUUCAUAUUUGUUUA